AUGCCGCAAGGCCCCUUUAACGACUUGAAAACUUUACGCAGCCUUCACCACCACCCCGAUCCUCCAACACUUCAAUCCCGACCCACCCCUCGUAGUAGAAAGCCCACGCCUCCGACUACAUCCCCGCUGGCGUCCUUUCACAACACGACACGGAUGGAUUACUUCGGCCUCGCACCCUUCCCGAAACCGAGGGAUGUGGACGUAUGCAAUCCGGGUAUCCACCAUCUAGGGCGGGGAAAGCGGGAUAAAAAGUCGCCACUGGAGGGGGAGAGAGAAAGUAGAGGGGAGCGAGAACGGGUAGAUAACCAGGUCCGCACACGAGACAUGGGCGGCAACUUGUCCACCAAGGAGUUCACCCGCGCCGUUCUGGGCCAGAUAGAGAAGGCGUGA